CAUUAGAGCACGCAAUAAUGGCUGCGCCCGCGACGUCCAAGCCACCGACGCACGUCGUGUUCGAGACGACCGUGGGAGACUUCACCAUGGAGCUCUACACGGAGCACGCGCCCCGGACCUGCUGGAACAUUGCGGAGCUGGCGCGCCGUGGCUACUACAACAACACCAUCUUCCACCGCAUCAUCAAGGACUUUAUGAUCCAAGCAGGAGACCCCACGGGCACGGGCCGCGGCGGAGAGUCCAUCUACGGAGCCAAGUUUGACGACGAGAUCACCAAGGAGCUCAAGCACACCGGUGCCGGUGUGCUAUCGAUGGCGAAUUCAGGCCCAAACACUAAUGGCAGCCAGUUUUUCAUCACGCUGGCACCGACGCCAUGGCUGGAUGGCAAGCACACGGUGUUUGGCCGUAUCUCGUCUGGUAUGAAGGUAAUUCAGCGCAUGGGCAUGGUGCCGACGGGAGCGAACGACAGACCGCGUGAAGAGAUCCACGUCAAGCGCGCGUAUCCAGUUUCUCAAUGAGAAGACCGUGGUAGAGACUCAAUUGUUGUUCCUUGAACAGCAUCAUGUAAGGACGUCAUAGAUUGCGCUUGCUACGAU